GGCGCGCCUCCAAGCUCCGCCAGAAUUCUGAUUUCAGGACAAGCCAGGCGCGACGGGUUCGGUACAUCCAUCGAGCAUUGCAUCGCACGCGUAGCCGCUUCCGCCUUUACCGCCAUUAUACACAGCACAGCACAGCACAAUGACUGGACGAGCUGCGGGUGGCGGUCGCCGGGUGCUGCUGCCGCCAAUCAACUUUCUCUUCCGGCUCCUGCAGCAGCGGUCCACGGUCCAGAUCUGGCUCUACGAGCAGCUGUCGAUCCGCAUCGUAGGCACCAUUCGGGGGUUUGACGAGUUCAUGAACCUUGUUGUCAAGCAGAUCUCCAAGACGAACGACACCGAGACCAGGAGGCCAUUGGGGCAAAUUCUCCUGAAGGGCGACAACGUCUCGCUUAUCCAGAGCUUGUCUGGGUGAGGC